CCAUGGUGCUGAUCCAUGUCCACUCGCCCGGGGUCAUGGACUCGCCGGCCGCAUCGGGCCGCGGCCUCGGCCAUGCCCUCGCCGGGGUGCCCCUCGAGCAGGGACAGCCCGUGCACCUGGACAACGCCCAGGCCGGCCUCAUUGCCCACCUGGUCGACCACACCGGGGCCGCGGUCCGCCGGGGCAUCAUCACCACGGCGGACUUGGCCACGCGCCAGGUGCUCGUGUCGUUCCUCGGCCCGGGCGGCGUGGCCGACCCGCCGGUGCUGACCGUGGCCCGGGCCCGGCGCCCGGCCGACACGCUGGCCUUCCUCCAGCCGGACAUCGACCCUGCCUGCACCCCGGGCCGGCUGCUCGUCUCGCAGGACACCUUUGCCCGGGUGGCCGCCGACCUGGACAUCCGCCCGCCGGGCCCGGUGUACCUGGCCCAGGACCGGCACUUUGUGCUGCUCCGCCCGGACACCGGCUGCACGUCGCCCACACGGGCGCGCCUGCACCCGGCCGAUGCCGCGGCCCUGGCCCCGGGGGGCGGCCCGCCGCCGGUGCUCGUGCCGCUGGCCGCGCUCCAGCCCCUGGCCGCGGCCCGGCUCCGGGUCCUGCCCCCGGCCGCCGACGCCUGCCCGGCCGCCAUCGCCGGGGCCUUUCGCGCCCGGUACGCCGGCUGCCCGCUCAUGCUCCACGAGACAUACCCCCUCGACGAGGACACCCACAUGGUCGUGGAGGACCUCGAGUGGACCGGCGACCUGGCCGGCGGCCCGGUGGGCACCCUCCACGCCGGCACCCACGUCGAGGUGCUGGUCGGCCCGGCGCGCUCCCGGGCCCCGGCCGACACCGUGCCGCAGCUGUACCUGCAGCCGGCCGGCCCGGAUGCGCCGCUGGCCCUGCGCGUGGACCUCCUGGCCGGCCCGCCGGGCCCUUCGCCGCCGCCGCCGCCGCCGGCCGCCUCCACGCUGGCCGGGCGCAUGCUCAUCGCCCCGGACACCUACCGCCUCGUUCGCCUGGUGGCCGAGCCCCGCCCGGAGGCCGAUGUCUUCCUGCGCGCCGGCGACUGGUACUCGCUGCUGUGUCCCGACGAGAACCCCCGGUCCACCCUGCCGCCGGGGUGGGUGCGCCUGGCGGAGGCCGACGCCCCGGGGCUCCUGCCCGCCGGCCGGUCCUGGGCCCGCGUGCAGCUGACCGGCCCGCCGCCGGUGGCCCUAUCGGCCGAGGUGGCCGUCUCGCUGCCGGACGACCCGGCCCCCGGGCUGGCCUGCGGCGGGAUUCGCCACAAGGAGCUGCGCGAGCACUUCCUGCGCCAGCUCCGCCGGCCGGUGUUCUAUGUCGGCCAGGACAUGGACGUCAAGAUCCGCGGCCGGCGAGUGACCUUCCGCCUGACGGCCAUGGCCGACCGGACCUUCCGCGGCCUGGUGGCCGGGCGCAUUGUGGCCAGCGCGGUGCCCGACGCCCCGGGCACGCUGCUGGCCUUCCAUCCGGCCGACGGCCCGGCCGAUGGCCCGGCCCUGGCCCCGGCCUCCCCGGCCUCGGUGCUGGUCCAGGCCCCGGGCGUGCCAGCCGGCUGCCGGCUCCUCUUCGACACGACCCCCUGCUCGGACCGGUGCCCGCGCGGCAUCGGCCUCCUGGCGCCGGGGACAUACCGGCGCCUGCUGGCCCGGCUGGAUGUCCCGCCCCGCCACCGGCACUACGUCCGCUUCGGCAAUCGCAUCCUCCUGCUCCUCCCGGACGACCACCCCACCAGCGACCUGCUGCCCGGACAGAUGCGCGUCAACCUGGAGGACUUCCCCCACCCGAUGGCCCAGAGCGGCAUGCCGCUCGAGUGGCUGGACUUCCGGGAGGAGGUGGGCUUCGCCAAGAUCCUGGUCGGCUUCCACGCGGCCCGGCGCCACACCCGGGUCACCAAUGACAAGCUCCGGCACAUCCUCCUCACGCGCUUUGCCCAGGGCGAGCCCCACCGGACCAAUGUCAAGUACUACAUCGACACCGACGAGGGGACGUGGAUGUUCUUCGCCAAGUUCCAAGUGUCGGCCGAGAACCUGGCCGUCCGCACGGGCCUCUUCGCGCCGGACCGCACGCGCUUCUACUUCGAGUCGGCCCAGUCGACCCUCACCAUCGCCGACAACCCCCGGACCCUGGUGCUGACCGGGCGCAAGCGCUCCGGCAUCACCCUCAGCAUGGACGUGGUCUUCACCAACAUGCCCUCGGUCCUGUACAGCGGCAUGCGCCUGCCGGCCGGCCUGGCCCGCCACCUGAGCGGCUUCGACCAGUUCGACAGCCGCGAGUAUGUCUUCUUCCGCUGCGGCGUCAAAUUCUUCCUCGUCCGCCUCUCGGAUGUCCACGACGAUGGCAACCACAUCCAGGUGAGCCAGCACUUCGUGGAGUUCCUCUUCCAGAACAACUGCAGCUUCGCCCGCAUGGAGUCCGUCAUCCAGCCGCCGGUGGUGCGCGUGGCCCGGGUCCGCGUCACCCCGGUGGACGGCCUGCUCGAGGCGUGCCCCCUGCCGCAGGAGGCCCUGGUCCGCGCCUUCCAGGGGCUCUUCCCCGACCAGACGGUCGUCCAGUAUGAGAAGCGCGAAUUUUCCCACCGCGGCCGGCGCCUGCUCUUCACCGUGGAGCACCUCGUCAGCAACACCGACGCCGAGAUUUCCUGCGGCGUGUUCAACCCCUUCUCCUCGCAGUUCCUCUUCCGGUCGCAGGACCCGCUGGUGGCCAUCACCGGCGGGUGACACCGCUUCCGGCCCGGCCACCCCCGGCGGAGAGAGCCGCACGAUCGCGCGGCAUCCGGCCGGGCCGCCCCCCCCCCCCCC